AUGGCAGGUCCGGGCUCAGGUGUCGACGGGCGGACCAGACCCGGCUUCAAGUGGAAAAGUGCAAGGAACACAGCACCCUCUGGCAGCGAUGCAGCCAAACCCGUGCAGCAGCCUGCUCAAGAGAGUGGAGCAGAAGAAGCCGAGAUGCCACAUCUGCUGCCCACUCAGGCUCCAGAAAUCCCAGUUCAAGCUGCCUUCGCCAACGGAGAGAUGGUGGAGAUCAUAGGCUUGCAGGGUGCACUGGACCUGAACGGACGAGUGGGCAUCGUGCGCGAGUUUGACCCAGCCUCGAGGAGGCACCGAGUGGAGCUUCUCGAAGAGGAUGGAAGUGUGCGACAAGUCCGGGUGAGGCCAGCAAACCUGGACUUGCUGAGUGCGGAAGAGUUCAUGCCUUCAUGCGCCUCCAAGAAAGAGCCGCCGACGGUCAGCAAGGAUCCUGCAACGCAGCGCCCUUCACAGCCAGUUCGGACGUCCCGCGAAGAGCCAGAAAUGGCUGUGGCGCUUGCGAACGCCGUCAAUCAGUGUGAUCUGUUUCAGGUGCAGGCACUGCUUCGUGACAGAGCUGACCCGAAUGGCCACUCACAGUCACCCGGCACACCCUUGCUGUUCGAAGCUGCUGCAAAGACUGCUGCGCAGAGCCUUGACUUGGCUGCACUGCUGCUGGGAUACAGUGCCGACCCUGAUGCUGUGCUAGAUCGUCCUCGAUCCGCCAAGGCGGUCCGGUCGGAGAAAGAGGUGGAGACGCUUUGCCAAAUCUUCCGCAGCAAAAGCGCAUCCACGGAAGAGGAGCGUGCCAUCCUGUCCAAGCUUGAUGCUGGAGCACUGGCACAGGCGCGCCGGCUGCUGAAACUGUCUGGGCCCUUCGCGCUUGGGGGCAUUGCACCUGCAGUCUGUCUCGAAGAAUCCAGCAGCUGCCAAGAGUUGGAGGCCACGAAGGCGCACAGGCUAUUUCUGCACUCGGCAGAUGGCCUGCGGCCUGUCCUGGUCAUGCGGCCCUCGGGAGGACAACCAAGCGCCCUGGUGGUAUUGCUUCAUGGGCUCUUUCAGCGCAUGCCUUGGCAUUGUGGUGCGACAGCGCGCCCGCGUAAUUUCGCUGCAACACGCAAUCCAGGUUUGAAGGGAGUUCUUAUGGAUCCAGAAAAGCAGAGAGCAGCGAAAACGGCACAGGUAAUGCCCACCGCUCUGUGCAUCGCGCAGUUUCGUCUUCGCUGUUCCAAGGAUGGCUGGAGUGUUGGCCCCGUCAGACACUGCGCCUUAGCUUGCACAGCCCGGCGAUUCAACCUCAUGGCGCUGUACAACAUGGGCUUUCAUGAUGCGAAGCUCGCUUGGGGCAACUGGGACUACGUGGACCUAUCGCACUUUUCGAACAUUCCGCCUGGUGGCGAAUUGAGGACGUCUGCAGUGAUGUUCGUGAAGGAGUGUCGGGAGAAAGCCCAUCCUCCUGGACUCUUUGCAAGUGUGGCCUCCUUCACAGCAGGAAUUGCACUUCACCGGAUUUGGCAUCACCAGAAGAAAUCAGAGAAGGUGACAAUUCCGAGACUGGUGGAGCUGCCGAAUCGCAAGGCGUGUUCUGAAGUCCCACCGUCGAACUGGGCUUUGCCAUUGGUGCUGAAGUGCUCAGGUGCAGCUGUUUUGGUCAUGGCAGCUUCGCGCAAGGUGCGAAGGCGUAUUUGGAAAGGGGCACGGCUGCUGGACUUGAAAAGAAAUGUCUCCAGAGCCUCCUCUACACCCUCGGAGGCCCCAUCACCUGUUCCAGUGGCACCUGCCCACUCUGUCGAUGGAAGUGUAUGGCGUGAAGCGGUGGGUGGCGCCCCGCAUCCACGAGUCCAAGAGGCACCGACUUGCAUACCAUGGACCAGUCAGAACGUGCACGUCAGAGGUGCCCCGCCAUCACCUGCGGCUGGAGCUGACAAGGCCAAGCCUGUGAGCGAUGAUGCCAAACCCCAGGCCGACAAGAGCGUGGCGUCUGUGAAGCCAGAGGCCGACAAGAUCCCGCCCCCAGCUGUGAAGCCCGCGAAGCCGGAGGCCGAGGAGACCCCAGCCGUGGAUGUGAAACCGGAGCUCGACAAGAUCCCGUCGACGGAUGUGAAGCCGGAGGCCGAGGAGACCCCGCCCAUGGAUGUGAAGCCGGAGGUCGACACAUCGCCGGAGAGCAAAGCCAUGCCGAAUGAAAGUGCAUCCAAGGGCAAGGGUCCGCAGGGGAAGGGUCCGCCACUUAAGGGCAAGGGCAAAGGAAAGAUGCCAUCUCAAUCUCCACCUGAAGGAAAAGGCUCAACAGGCAAGGCAGCAAUUCGUGCACUGGUAGAAGCUGCCAAACAGCAGACAGAGUUGCCGGAGCCACGAAACCGCAAGUGGAGUGCUCCGAAGUCAACAGGGACGAGUCUGCUUGACACCUCCAGGGCCACUAACCUGGCGAUCAUGCUCAAGAAGCUCCCGGUAAGUCCUGCCGAGUUCUGUGAGUGUGUGAAGAUGCUGGACAGCUCUCAUUCCCAGAUUGCCGUUGGCCACGUUGAGCUUGUUCUCGCUAACAUGCCUUCCCAAAGCGAGGCGCACAAGCUGCUAUCUUAUGACGGCAAUGAAGGGCCGCUUCGAGAUGUCGAAGCCGAAGUCUUGCCACUUUGUUCGCUAAGUGCCUCGGCAGUGAAGGUCUUCAAGAUCGCCAUGGAACAUGAGGAUGUCUAUGCACGACAUAUGGCACGGUGCAGAACCAUCUCCAAUGCCGCGCAGGAAGUCUGCCGCAGCAGGGAGCUUCGCGAGCUCCUGACCUUGAUCCUCCACACCGGAAAGUACAUCAAUUCUGGUGCACCUGGUGCCAAUGCUGCUGAGACCUUCACCGUCGAGUCGCUGCAGUCCCUGUCCACCUUCAAGAUUGGCCCAAUCUCUGCGCUUCAUUUUCUCUGCAUUUCUUUCCGGGGCAUGAAGAGAGAAUUCCUGCAGCUACUCUUGUCGAACUUGCGACAUGUGCAUGCAGCGGCCAAGGAGAAGUUCGGCCAGCUUGAUGUUGACAUCCAUUCGAGUUUCCAGGACGAUGUCAAAGCCGUCGAGAACAGACUGGAGCAAGUGAAACAGGAAGUUCAGGAGCAAUGCCACUAUGAAAGACUCGCGAUGCUGACGACGCAAAUGACAUCUGAGCUUGCAGCUUUGAGGACUUCCUUUGCCUCCGCCAAGCAGCUGGUUGCAGAAGCUCAGGCUUAUUGUGAUGGUGCUUCAAGGGAGUCGAUGCCAGCAGAGCUCUUCUUUCAGCAUGUCGCCACAUUCUUGGGCAUCUUCCGGGCGACUUGGGAGGAGAUUGAUGCGCAACCAGCAAAGUGGCGGAAGUACUUGUCAGAGGCUGUGACAGCAAAUGCCUUAAGCAACGAUAUCACGGCAUGGGCCCAGCAGCUUGCACGUCAAAGCAUCAAAGACAGGCACGAAGUACCGUCCAGGCAAACAUCAUCUGACGCCGACGUUUCAUCUUCGGGGCAUGCUUUCUCGGACGUGUCCUCGGUGAGCAAUGCAGAGGCCAAGAAGCUGAAGUUUCCUGCCAUGAACUUUGUCGGCAUCCACGCAGACCAAGCAAACCACUCGCCGUUGCCCUCAAACUUGCCGACCCGCUCGCCUUCACCCACUUUGAGAGCCCAAGUCCAGAUCGCCAUCACCCCGGAGGAAAGCGGAGGAGUCCAAAGGCUCAGUUCCAGUCACAUCCGAAAGAUCCGGCAGAUCGCGGCCACGGACCUCUUCACAACAUUCGCAAUCCACAGCCCCGCCCAGGAGCAAGUCCCCGCAGUCAAGAUCACCGGUCAGAGAGGCGCUGAUGGCUCACACACCGACUUGGGGGAGAGCAAGCAGCGGAUCUGCAGAGGAGCUUCUAUCUUCCUUGUCUCUGUCGUACAGUGGGCAAAGUGGGGCAACAUCGCGAUCCGUAUCUCCGGCUCCGAACAGAGUGAGUACUCGAGAUGGUGGCGACAAGGGUUCAUUCUCGGAAAGCAGCGCAUCAUCCCCUGCGGCUUCACCACGCCAGAACUCCAGUUCACGGGCACCGCAUGGUUUGACCACACACGCUCUGCUCGCAAAGCUGAAGCUCUUGAGGAGUGUCGGUCCGAAAUCCUGGCACUGCUCAGCUCUCAAGGCCAUGAGUGGGGCAUCACACCCGAGCGAGUGGUUCUCGCGGGCUUCUCCAUGGGCGGCACGCUGGCAGCCUGGACGGCGCUGCAG